GAGAUUUUUCAAUCAAGCCAAAAACCGGAAGCGCCGCCAUGGGCUGGCAAUUGAUUUGGAGGCGCUUGCAGACAAGCAGUCGGUGGAGGUCUAGAUUCUUUCGUGGGACCAUCGCCUUCCUGAUUUGCUUGACAAGCCACCGGUCGUUUGCACUAGCCAAUCGCAGGACUGUUUGCCCACUGCAGGCUGUGGGAUCUGUGGGCAGCGAUGCUGAAGCAGCGACAAAGUUUGCGCUUGGUGUCGAGAUGCUAAUGGAAUCUGCAGCCAAGAUGAGCAGUCAAGGGGAACACGAGAAGGCAUUGGGGGCCUUAGCAUCUGCUGAAGAGCUCCUGGAAGCCGCCGGAUCUCCGGACAACUUGGCCGCAGGGUACUUCAUGCAGCGUGGCGCCACCUUCGCCCAUCUGAAGCGAUUUGGAGAGACGUUGCAGGAGUUUGGGCGGGCAAGGGACAUUUUUAAGAAGCACAAUGAUAUGAAGAACCCGGAAAUAGUCACCGUCUCCGGAAAUAUGGCCAUUGCUGCUUCUGCCAUUGGCCGGAGAAAGGAUGCAAUGCUUUUCUUUAAUGAGGCCAGCGAAAUCCUUGAUGCCCUUGGUGAUGAUCAAAUGAAAGCAUAUAUCCUCAGUAGCAUGGGAGCAGCUUGCGUUGGAGCAGGAGCCUUCGAACAGGGGUUCUCGCAUAUGAAGCAAGCACAGAAGGUGGCAGUGGCAGGGCAAACAAUUUGCAAACAUAGUCAAUGGACGUUCACUACGAUCAGGCAAAAUGUCAGCAGGCUUUGCAAAAAGUUGACUGCACAGAAACGUACUGAGACGAUCAGGGUGUUUUUUAUACCUCAUGUAAGUCAUGUAAGGUGUGAACCGCACUGUAUCGUUUCGAUUGAUGUUUUUGAUUUGACUUGGGAAGGUUGUCAGGAUUGUUUCCAUCAACAGACGUUCAAAACAGAGUUCCAUGAUUUGACCCCGCUCUCUUCGGGGCUUCCCUACCGCACUGCCUUCACCAUCCCACACGACGUGAGUGCUGGAAGUCACACAAACGCUGUUGGAAAUCAGUUUCGUCACUUCAUGUUUCGAACAAAGUCCAUCAUGCUUCAUGAAACAUCAGGCAGUAAACAAAUGACAAGUUCGAUGGGUGACAUCGUGCUAAACCAAGGCGCUGCUCAAAGCUGGUUUGGGUGACACCCCAGAAGGAGCACUGCUUUUGUCUCAAAUGGGAUCCAUCCUCUACCAGAUGGCAAUCUAUUCUCAGGCCAGCCUGCAUUUUGACUUUGCACGCGACCGUUAUUUCAAGAACGGUGAUUUGGUGCAGACGGUGUGGAUGUGGUAUUUGAGCAACUUGAGUAGCUUCAGGGGGUGGCUUUGGGAUACUGAGCAGUCCCUCUAUCAAUAAGCAUUCCAAAGAAGAAUGCUUCUAGGCUUUGACGCACCAUCGGAAUUGACGCUUUGAGCCCAAAAUGGCCCACAAUGGUUUCCAUGGGGGCUCACGGAGGUAUACUUUGAAGAUGCCAAGCCAUUUAAAA